AUGAAGCGGGGGCCGCGCACGCCUAAGAAGCCCGCGCCAGCCAAUCAGCGCCGCGCGCCUCCCAGCCUCCGCCCCUCAUUGGCUGGGCCCGCAACUCCCGGUCCGCUGGACUCCCGGACUGACCCGCGGGCCUGCCCCUCUGCGCCUGCCGGCCCCCUCCCCGCGCCCUCCCGGCGGCCCCUGCUGCCGAUGCCCCCCCCCCACGCCACCCGUACCCCUCAGGCCGACUGCUGCGAGGGAGGAAAGCCCUCGGUCCCCUCGGCUCGGGGGGCACCCGCCAAGGCUCAGCUCCGCCGGCGCGCCCCAAUCACCCUCUCCCAGGCCAGCUCUGGCAGCGCGAAGGGGGCGCGGGCCCGGGCUGGGGGCCUCCUCCUGCCUCUGCGUUCGGCGGUCUGGUCUAUCAGUCUGCCCGAGGCCCUGGCGCAGGUAAAGGGGGCCGGGGGCGCGGGGCCGGCUCCUGCUGGGAAUCCGCUCUUCUCGGACUCUCGGGGACCCAUCUGCCCUGGCUGUCCGCUGUGCCUCCCGCUCCGCUCCACUCCGUGGCGCGCGGGGCCCGGGCUUCUCGGAACUCCGCUCCGCGGGAGAGGAGGCCGGCGCUUGCCGGGUAAGGCGCGCCGGGACCGGGAACUGGAGCGCGAGGCCGCGGGCGCCGGGCCUCUGCAGCCGGACCGGGCAGGUGAGCGGCCUCCGUACCUCCCGCUUCGCGCUCCCCGGAACGCGUGCUGUCUGGCCCGGACCCGCUGUCUCUCGGAGAAAAGCCAAUCAGCUGGGAAAUCCAAAUGCCUGCUCCUGCCCUCGGACCGGCAACUGGACAGACACGGCGGUCCCAGCCUACAGCGAACGGCCACCCCGCAGCUGCGGCAGGAGAACACAGCCACACACGGAUGUCCACGCCCUAACCCCCGGGACCUGGGAGUGCGUUCCCUUACGCGCCAAAAUGGGCUUUCGGAGGUGAUCUCGUUAAGGAUCUUAGGAUGCGGGACUAUCCCGGAUUAUCUGGAUGGGCCCAGUGGGACCACGAAGGUUCUUGGAAGAGGGCGGCAGGAGGGGUUGGAGCCAGAGGAGGCCACGUGAUGCCGCAGGGCUUGGAGCAAAGGCGGAGAAAGGGGUUACAAGCCAAGGAACAGAGGGGACCACUGGAAGCCGGCAGUCCAAGAAACGGAGUCUCCCUCAGGCCAGCCCGCCAACGCCUUGAUUUUAGCACGUCUAACUCCAGACCCAUAAGAUGAUACACUUGUGCUGUUUUAAGCCACUGGGGUAAUUUGUUUCAGAAGAAAUAGGAGACAAAGACAGCAAUAAAAAGGAAUAAAACACUGACACACAGCAGCAUGGAUGAGUCUCAAUUACGCAGAGAAGCCAGACUCGAAGGUCACAUGCUGUGUGAUUCCAUUUAUAUGACAUUCUGGCAAAACCACAGGACAGAGACUGGUGAGCUGGGCCUGGCCAGGAUUGGUACAAUCACCUUGUCGCCCCUACAGACUCAUGGGCAAUAAUAAAUGGUUGUCAUUUUCCACCG